AUGAAGCUCAACAAGCCUUCCGUGAAGGAGUGGGACAUCGGCAAGGACUACGAGAUCGUGAAGCUGAUCGGCAAGGGCAGUUACGGGCAGGUUGCCGAGGCGGUCCACCUGCCCACCCAGCGCCACGUGGCCAUCAAGCGCAUCGACCGGCUGCUCGACGACAAGGUCGAGGGCAAGCGCAUCCUGCGCGAGAUCACCCUCCUGCGCAAACUGCGGCACCCCAACCUCAUCGAGCUGGUGGAUAUCCUGCCUCCCCGCGACCGGGCCGGGUUUAACGUCCUGUACAUCGUCAUGGAGUUCUGCCAGACCGACCUCAAAAAGCUAUUCAAGACCCCUGUGCACCUGGAGUUCAAGCACGUAGUAACCAUCCUUUACAACAUCCUCUGCGGGCUGAACUACCUGCACUCUGCCGGCGUGCUGCACCGCGACCUCAAGCCCGCGAACGUCCUGGUGAACGAAGACUGCACCGUCAAGAUCUGCGAUUUCGGCCUGGCCCGCUCGUACGACAAGGAGAUGACCAAGCACGUGGUCACUCGCUGGUACCGGGCCCCCGAGGUCAUCCUGCUGGAGUCCAACUACUCGGACGCCAUUGACAUGUGGUCCGCCGGCUGCAUAUUCGGCGAGCUGCUUUCAAUGCUCAAGGAAAUCGCUCCCACCUACCUGGACCGGGCCCCGCUGUUCCCAGGGACCAGCUUUCCACUGUCGCCUGAACGGAUGGCCCAGCGCUCUAAGAGCGGGUUCCCCACCUCCAACCAGGACCAGAUCAACGUGAUAAUGGCCACACUGGGCACCCCCUCCGAAGACGACAUCUCGUUCGUGACUGACCCCAAGGCGCGAGACUAUGUGCGCAGCUACAAGCACCACGACCCUGUGCGGUUCGAGACCAAGUUCCCGAAAGCCUCGAAGGAGGUGAUCGACUUUCUGGAGAAGUCGAUCGUGUUCGACCCACGCAAGCGGCUGGCGAUCUGUGACGCCCUGGGACACCCGCUGUUCCGAGAGGUGCGGGACAAGAAGAGCGAGUAGGUGGCCAGCGAACGCUGCGUGCUUGAAUUCGACGACGAAUAGAUCGAGCUACCACGGCUGCGAGCUAUGUUCCUGGAGGAGAUCGACCGCUACCAUCUCCGCAAGUGA